CUAUGUUUUGUAAUUGUUCAUUGUUCUAAUAUCAUAUAAUUUGUUCAUAAUUUUUGAUUUUAUUUCAGAUUUAUUUUUUUCACUAAAAAAUUUGGAUUGCAAUUUUACAAUUUUGUUUGGUGAAGAUUUGAUGUUGAGAUUGAUGCAAAAGCUGCAUUUCUUUAAUUUGUAGAUCCUCAUUUAUACCUUAAUUGUUGAUUAUCUGCGUAACUCCACUUGUGUGAAGUAGAAGAAGAAGAAAAAAAGGAAGGUGAAAUGCAGCGACGGCGACCGAUAAUUUCAACUUCAGAAUCAAAGGUGGAUAAGAUCAGCAGUUUGCCCGACGAAAUCCUUUUCCGCAUUCUCUCAUUUGUAUCCACAAAAGAAGCAGUUGCUACAAGCGUUUUGUCCAAGAGGUGGACUAAUCUCUGGCAUUAUCUUCCCAAUAUCGAUUUCACCGACAUCAGAGUGAAUACCGUUGAAUCCAAUCUCCGUUUUAACGAAUUUGUGUACUCUGUUUUGGUCUCUCGAGACGCUUCUGGAUCUCGUUUCAUUGACAGUUUCCACCUCAACAUUCAGUAUAGUGAUUCUCAUCUUGCCUAUAAUAAAGAGUUCCCCAAUCUCACCAAAUGGGUCAACUCUGUUGUUCAACGCGGACUCAAGUAUCUUCAUCUCCGUCUUCGUGUGCCUCUUCCUGAUCACUUUAGUGGUUACCCAUACUUCCCCAAACUGCCCAUUAGCAUCUUCACAUGCAAAACCCUUGUAAGUCUAAAUCUCAGUUGGUUCCGUGUGGAUGGUUUUUCUUUUACUUCCGUUGGAUUUGAAUUUCCAUCACUUAAAACCCUUAGUUUGAGACUCAUUAAGUUCUCAGAAGUUCGAGAUUUUAUGUUGCUUCUAGCCGGAUGUCCGAUUCUUGAGGAUCUACAUGUGGCUCUUGUAUUCUUCUAUUACGAGGAAGAUUCUCAUACCGUUCAGGAGUUUAAGAGCUUAACCUUACCCAAACUGACUAAAGCAGAUGUGAGUAAAUGUUGGUGUUCGUGUUAUAUGGUGAAAGCACUAUCUUCUUCGGUGUCUCUCUGCAUGGAAACAUCUAUGUUUUAUGCAAAAGACGACAGAGUUUACAAGGCAAAUAAGCUGCAGCGCCCUUGUGUUGACAUUCCCAUGUUUCAUAAUUUGACCCACUUGGAGCUCUACAAUAAUUGGGAUUUGGUAGUACAAGUGCUCCACCACUGCCCUAAGCUUCAAAAUCUCCAACUUUAUCAGGAGUUAUACCUGUCGAUAUCGAAUCAACAAGAUGAUCAAGAAAAUUGGGUGGAACCAGAAUUUGUUCCACAAUGCCUUUCAUCAUACCUUAGAACUUGCACUAUUCGAGAUUGCUCAGGCCUGCGGAGAGAGUAUACGGUGGCAAAAUAUAUUUUAAAAAAUGCAAAAUAUUUACAAACCAUGACAAUUUGGAGCAAAAGAGAACCACCUGAAAUAGAAACGAAGUUGUCCCCAUGCCCGAAGGCCUCUGCAUCAUGUCAACUUUCUGUUUUUGAUUACAUAUAGACUAUUUAUGGACCUACUGAAACAGUUUAGUCUUUCUUGGUGGUUAUUUGAAAUGAUAAAGAGUUUUACAAGGUGACUCUCUUGGUGGUUGCUUCAACUACACGAAACGGUUGAGUUUUUCUCGGUGGUUGCUUGAAAGGAGAAAGAGUUUUACAAGGUGACUUUAUAUUAGCAAGACAUAUUCUAAAGAAUGCAAGAAUUUUACAAACCAUGAAAAUCUGGUGUCAGGAAACGGUCGCCUGAAAUAGAAUGAAAAUUGUAUUCAUGCCCUAUUAUGGCCUCUGCAACAUUUAACUUUCAUUUCAUCGAUAACAUAUAGGAUAUGCAUGUAAGGGUUUCUCUACCCACUGUUUCAUUAGCUUCGAUUAUGUAACUGCUUGAUUUUGUAGUUUAAACUAUAAGUUUAUAUGAAUGUAACAGACUUUGUCUUAGUGAACAAGUUAAAAAAUAGUAUCCUUAAAUAAUUUAGUUUGUAA